AUGCCUUUUGGAGCAGAAAUAGCCAACCAUAAAAGCGGCAAAUUCUUCCAAAACCUGUAUCUUGGCCUGGAGCACAUCUCUGCACCAGGAGACCCCAGUCCCAGAAGAGUCCCAUCUCCACCUCACACACACUCGCUGCUCUCACUGAGGACUGUAAGGAGGAGAGCUGAGACGUCCAUCUGCUGCUGUCUCAGCUGCAGAGGACACGCCUUCUCCCCCUCCCCGUCCUGUGGCACGAUACAGGAGGAGAUGGGCGCCGUAGCUCGAGGCAGCCGCCGUUUCAAAGCACAAUAUGUUCACGCGCGUUCAAAGUGCCGUCGCCAACUGUCGCCUGCUACAAUGCUCCUCUCCCACCGCCACAAAGUGAGGAGAUAA